AUGUCGAAUAUGGCGUUCAAGUUACCAACUCCCUCUGCCCGACUCGACAAUGCUCUUCGAUACCUGUGGAAACACCAGCCGUCGAGACCCUCAUCAAGGCAUUGCGGGCAUCACCAGGAUCUUGGAUGGAUUUCGGAGUCAGAUACCUGGGCCCAGCUCGAGUCUCUGCACCAGAUGCUAUGUCCGCGACCCGCAAUUCCCAAGCUACCAUCAGACAUCCUGGAAGAUGUUGAAGCCGUGAUCGCAUACCGAAACAGCCAUAAUCUAUUGACAUCCACGAAGACAAUCAAUCCCAGCGUGACACUUCAAAAGCUAGCAACUUCCAGCUCCCUCAGAAUCUCAUGCUGGAAGGGCGACAUCACAACCUUGACCGAUAUCACGGCCAUUGUCAAUGCAGCCAAUGGUCAACUAGAAGGAUGUUUUCGUCCUGAACACCGCUGCAUCGAUAAUGUCAUUCAUUCAGCCGCUGGACCCCGUCUUCGAGACGCAUGUCAUUCUUUGAUUGAAGCCCAGGGUCACAUAGAGCUAGUAGGCUCUGCCAAAGUUACACCAGGAUUCCUGCUUCCAGCCCCAUGGGUACUGCAUACUGUUGGUCCCCAGCUGCACUCGAGACAAAAGCCGCAGCCCCACCAUGAAGCUCAAUUGGCAUCCUGCUAUAAAUCCUGCCUGGAUGCGGCAGAAUCGUUGCCUGCGCUUGAAGAUGGUCGCAAGGUUGUUGCUUUCUGCUGCAUAUCAACGGGGCUAUUUGCUUUCCCUUCCGACCUCGCAGCAGCAAUCGCCGUGGAUACAGUUGUAUCUUGGUACGAUGAACAUCCCGAUACAACCAUUACUGAUGUUAUCUUUGAUACAUUCCUUGACAAAGAUUGGUCGUUAUAUCAAGAAAAAGUGACCCAAUUACAAAAACCAAUUCCCAGAAACCUCACAUCCAACCCUCAAUCCUCAUCCCAAUUAUCACUCCAAACACCGGGCCAAAUCUCCAGCCCUGCUCUCACAAAAGCACGCAAUUGGAUCAACGAAGCUUCCACCUUGAUCAUUUCAGCGGGUGCAGGCCUCUCCGCUUCCUCAGGCCUAGACUACACUUCUACUGCCCUGUUUGACAAGCACUUCCAUGCGUUCACGGCCAAAGGGUUGCGCAGAUUAUAUGAUGUCUUCGGAUACAUGGACUGGGACAGCCCAGGCCAGAAAUGGGGCUACUACUUCCUCCACUUGAGCAUGGUGCGCUCCUGGCCCGCAUCCCCAGUUUACGAUACUCUCCGCGAGCUGGUCGACCGGUUCCCGUCCAAGUACUUCAUCCGUACCACCAAUGCGGAUGGCUUCUUUGUGAAGAAUGGCUUUGACCCGGAACUCAUAUCGACUCCACAGGGACAGUAUCGUUUUCUGCAGUGCUAUGGUAAAUGUCGUCCUGAUGCUGUGUUUCCUUCGGAUCCUUUGGUUGAUGCGGCGAUGCCAUUCAUUGACCCUGUUACUCAGGUCUUGACGGACUCGACGAAGAUCCCGCAUUGUCAGUUUUGUGGGGGUGAGGUUACUCUAUGUGUCCGUGGCGGGCAUUAUUUCAAUGCCGAGCCGUACAGGGCGCAAAACAUGAAGUGGAACCAGUUUUUGAAAGGUCUUGAUGAAGAAUCAGUGGGACAAAUUGAUGGGGCUCCUAAGACUGUUAUACUUGAGUUGGGCGUUGGAUUGAAUACGCCUGGUGUACUGCGGUGGCCCAACGAGGAUUUGGUGACUGAUUCGGAAGAUCAAGCAUUCAGACUCAUUCGUGUUGGAAUGGGGGCUUCUGGGUGUGUGCCUUGGGAGCUGGAGGAGCAAGACUUGGCUGUUGGAGUAUCGGCAGAUGUCAAGACGGCCUUAGAUUUGUUGAUACGCUAA